GGGCACCCGGCAGAGAUGCCGUGCCGCCCGGGCGAGCGCUUCCUGCUGCUGGAGCGCCCCGUCGCCGUGGGACAGGCGGGCUCCAAGGAGGUGGACGCGCUGGUGGCCAAGCUGGGCGAGGUGCUGCAACUGAGCGCCCAGCGGGCGCCGCCGCCGCCCCGCGUCCCCAAGCACCUGGGGCCGGGCAGCGCCCGCGACCGCGCCGCCCCCUACUCCCCGCGGUGCUGCAGCGGCGGCGGGGCCGGACUGCUGGCGCCGCGGGGACCGGCCCCGCCGCAAGCUCACACGCAACACGUCGAGCCUCCGCGGCCGGACCGGAGCGGCCAGCAGCGGGUGACCAAGCAGCUAUGCGGACGGGGCUGGCUGCGGAGCGCCGCCCGCCGGAGGAAGCAGCCUCCGCCGGGGCCGGGCGACGGGCCGGCGGAGGAGGAGGACCCGCACCGGCUCCUGCAGCAGCUCAUCCUUUCCGGCAACCUCAUCAAAGAAGCCGUCCGGCGGCUGCAGCUGGCGGCUGCGGCGGCGGCGGCGGCGGCAUCCGCGGCCUCCAGCGGCAGCGCCUCGGCGGGGAGCGGCGGCGCGGACGGCGAGGCGGCGGCGGCGGCGGCGGUGCAGCCCCUGCAGUAG